AUGAGUCUACAGUGGACUAUUAUUGCAACGUUCUUGUACGCUGAAAUAGGCGUUGUGUUACUCCUCACAUUGCCGAUUGCUAGUCCCUCAAAAUGGCAGAAAUUCUUCAAAUCGAAGUUUCUAGCAUAUAUAGGAAAUCAAGCUUUUAUAUACUUCUUUGUACUGGUCGGAAUUUUAGUAUUGUGCCUUCUGGAUGCCAUUCGUGAGAUGCAAAAAUAUUCCGAGGGGGGCGAGAAAACUGAUCACCUACAUCUUGAUGCGGAAAUGCAAGGUAACAUGCGCUUGUUCCGCGCGCAGAGGAACUUCUACAUCUCUGGAUUUGCACUGUUCCUCCUUGUCGUUAUCCGCCGGUUAGUGCAGAUGAUUUCGCAACUGGCUGUUUUAUUAGCGCAAAGCGAGGCCAACUUCCGUCAGGCACAAAGUGCGACCACAACGGCUAGAACUCUCCUUGCACAACAAGGAGCUGGUGAUGAGCAGACCAAAAAAGAGGUUGAAGAUCUGAAAAGUCAAAUUUCCCUCCUUGAAAAAGAGUUAUCUAAAGAGAAAAAAGACAAGGAAGCUGUGAAGUCUCAAGCUGAAAGUCUGAACAGAGAGUAUGAUCGCCUUGCAGAAGAACACAGUAAGUUACAGAAGAAGAUUACUGUCUCCAGUGGCGGAGAUGGGAAAAAGGAUGAGUGA